UUGAAAAGUUUAUUCAUAUAUAUUACGUGAGUUUUCUCAUCAAUAGUGCAUUCUAAAUGAACAUUUGUGUGUUGUCUUCAUCGACGAAUUAGAAACGUUAAAAAGUGAAUAUAAAAAGAAGGUUAUGUUCCUGACAUCGGAGGAUACAUUAUUAUUGUUAUAAAGAUUUUAUAUACGACAAGGCGAAAUUUUAACAAUUAACAUGUCAGGUUGGAAUGGAAAUAAUAAAGCGUCUAUUCCAUCACGAUGGCUUCAUUGUCCAAGAAAAGCUAUAAAAUUGAUACAAAAUAAAUUCUUAGCAUUUAAGACGCCAUUAUCGUCGGCAUAUAACAGUCAAGUACCAGAAGAAUGUCGAUUUACGAUAGAAAUGCUUUUCGCUUCUCUGAGGAGUCAAAAAGUGAAACUUGGUUUAUGGAUUGAUUUAACCAAUACAACAAGAUUCUACGACAAAAAGGAUUUGGAAGCACAAGGUUGUAAAUAUUUAAAAUUACAAUGCAGAGGUCAUGGAGAAACUCCAUCGGACGAGCAAACGCGUUUUUUCGUUCAAGUUUGCAAAAAGUUCAUAACGCAUAAUCCAUUAGAAGUUAUUGGUGUUCAUUGUACUCAUGGCUUCAACAGAACAGGUUUCUUAAUAAUUAGUUAUUUAGUGGAAAUAGACGGUACCAGUGUUGAUGCUGCUUUAGCAGAAUUUGCUGCAGUUAGACCACCUGGUAUUUACAAAAUUGAUUAUAUCAAAGAAUUAUAUAAAAGAUAUGACGAUGAGGAUGAUACUCCUGAUCCACCACCAAGACCAGCAUGGUAUCUUGAAUAUGAUGACUCUAAUGUAGAAGAAGAUACAAAUGAAGGAUCUAGUACAGAAAAUCAUACCUAUGAACAGGAACCCAAAAGGAGAAGGAAAGAAUAUUAUAAAAUAAAUCCAGUAUUUAUGGCUGGUGUAUCUGGAGUAACACCUAUUGUGGAACAAAAGAAAUUAAUUGGCAUACAAAGACGUGUUCAGGAAAUCUGUUCUUGGACAUCAACAGGAUUCCCAGGCUCUCAACCCGUUUCAAUGGAUUUAAAAAAUAUUAGAUUAUUGCAUGAAAAACCAUACAGGGUAUCAUGGAAAGCCGAUGGAACCAGAUAUAUGAUGCUGAUACAAGCUGAUCGAGAAAUAUACUUCAUAGAUAGAGAUAACAGUGUUUUUCAAGCAGAAGGUUUAACUUUCCCUCAUCCAAAAGAUCUAUCCAAAUGUCUUGGAGAUACUCUAUUGGAUGGUGAAAUGGUAAUUGAUAAAGUAUACGGUAAAGAGUAUGCUAGAUAUUUAGCAUACGAUAUAGUUAUGUACGAUGGAAAAGAUGUUACUAAAUUACCUUUUCAUCCUGAUCGAUAUGAAAUUAUUGAACGAAAAGUAAUACAAAGUAGACAUAGAGCCUUGAAGGAAGGAAGAAUACGUAAAGAACAAGAGCCGUUUUCAAUCCGUUUGAAACACUUUUGGGAUGUCACGCAAGCUGCUAAUUUACUUAGUGAAAAAUUUGCCAAAAAUCUAAGCCACGAGCCCGAUGGAUUAAUAUUUCAACCUUCUAAAGAAUCAUAUUGUCCAGGAUUAUCUCCUGAAGUUUUAAAAUGGAAACCUAUUUCAUUGAAUUCGGUAGAUUUCAGAUUAAAAAUUGUUACAGAAACAGGAGUAGGAAUUCUUCCCCGUAAAAUUGGUCAACUGUUCGUAGGUGGUUCAGAUCUACCAUAUGAUCAAAUGAAAGUUACUAAGCAAAUUAAAGAUUUGAAUAAUGCUAUUAUUGAAUGUAAAGUAGAAAAUGGCCAAUGGGUAUUUAUGCGUGUAAGAAAAGAUAAAUCAUUUCCUAAUUCAAUAAAUACUGCGAAUGCCGUCCUUGAAAGUAUUAAAAGACCAAUUACAACAGAAUAUCUUUUAGAAUAUAUUAAUAAACAUAGAUUUUUAGAAGAUGAUUCAGAUCUUAUGCCACCACCUAAUAAAAGAUCUAAAUGACAAUAAUGAUUUGUAUAUGUACUAAUCAAUAUUGUUAACAAUUCUACAAGUAUGCAUCGUGUCCCCCUUUAAAAUAAGUAAUAUGUAACUUAGCAUGAGAUACAAAAGUCAACAUUAUAAAAUCAUGUAUAAUUAUUUUAGUUCAUAGAUUAUCAUUGUAUACUCGCAAUCGUUCUUCGCUAAAUAAAGAAAUUUUCUAUAAAAAAAAAA